AUGCCGAUUAUAAACGUGGCGUUGGGAGGAAGUCCGACCCAGUCCAGCACGGAACAAGAGGCAGGUGCUGAACGAGCCAUUGACGGGAACAGCGACAGCGACUUCUGGCAUGGUUCAUGCGCGCGGACCAGGAAAUCCAAGGACCCUUGGUGGAGAGUCGAUCUAAAAGAAAGCUAUUACAUGUCAGAAGUAAGAAUCACCGUCAGAGCAGACUGCUGCUCGGACCAGCUACUAGGAGCAGAGCUCCGCAUCGGGGACUCGCUGGAAAACGAUGGCAAUUCCAACAGACGCUGUGGAACCUUUGCUGCAGUUGCUUUGACAACACUUACCUUCAACUGCGAUGGAUUUGAAGGUCAAUAUGUGAACAUCUUCUUGCCGGGACAGGAUAAAAUCUUGACCCUGUGCGAGGUUGAGAUAUUUGCAUCAGAAAGUCCCCAAACAGAAAACGUGGCGUUGAGAAUGAGAGCGACCCAGUCCAGCAUAUAUGAAGGGGCAGUUGCUGAGCGAGCCAAUGACGGGAACAUCGGCACCGACCUCACGCAUGGUUCAUGCGCGCGGACCAGGAAAUCCAAGAACCCUUGGUGGAGAGUCGAUCUAAAGGAAAGCUACAACGUGUCAGAUGUAAGAAUCACCAACAGAGCAGACUGCUGCUCGGACGAGCUCCUAGGAGCCGAGAUCCGCAUCGGGGACUCGCUGGAGAACGAUGGCAAUUCCAACACACGCUGUGGAAUCGUGUAUUCAGUUGCUGGGACGACGUUGACCUUCAAUUGUGGUGGAAUUGUCGGACAAUAUGUGAACAUCGUCAUCCCAGGCCCGGAUAAAACUUUAACCCUGUGCCAGGUUGAGAUAUUUGGCUCAGAACUCCCGCUCUUCCAUGGAAAAGAAAACCUGGCGUUGGGAGCCAGUCCGAUCCAAUCCAGCACGGAUGAAGGGGCAGUUGCUGAGCGCGCCAAUGACGGUAACAGCGACAGCGACUUCAGGCAUGGUUCGUGCUCGCGCACCAGCAAAUCCAAGAACCCUUGGUGGAGAGUCGAUCUAAAUGAAACCUACCUGAUAUCAGAUAUAAGAAUCACCAACAGAGCAGACUGCUGCUCGGACCAGCUCCAAGGAGCCGAGAUUCGCAUCGGGGACUCGCUGGAGCACGAUGGCAAUUUCAACAGACUCUGUGGAAUCGUUGAUUCAGUUUCUUGGAAGACAUUGACCUUCUAUUGCGGUGGAAUUAUCGGUCGAUAUGUGAACGUCAUCAUCCCAGGCCCGGAUAAAACGUUAACCCUGUGCGAGGUGGAGAUAUUUGUAAAGCUUUCCCACCCAACAGAAAACGUGGCGUUGGGGGCAAGUCCGACCCAGUCCAGCACGGAUGAAGGGGCAGCUGCGGAGGGAGCCAAUGACGGUAACAGCGACAACGACUUCAGGCAUGGCUCAUGCUCGCGCACCAGGAAAUCGAAGAACCCCUGGUGGAGAGCUGAUCUAACGGAAAGCUUCAACGUGUCAGACGUCAUAAUCAUCAACAGAGCAGACUGCUGCUCCGACCAGCUGCAAGGAGCCGAGAUCCGCAUCGGGGACUCGCUGGAGAAUGAGGGCAAUUCCAACAGACUGUAA